GACAGGAAGCAGACGGGUCCCCUUACCGGGCCAGAGGGAGCAGACUCAUCAAGACUUUGUGCCUCAGGAGGUCCCGGUGCAGCUCCUGGAAAUGGCGGAACUUCUUCUUGGUCGUCCAGGUGAAGACCCAGAAGAAUUGAAAGCACGCGGGCGCACAGAGACCUGCACGCGGUAGUACUCAACUAGCCAAAUCGUGGGAACAACCCAACGUCCCUCAGCUGCUGAAUGGGCAGACAGAACAUGGUGGUUCCUCCAAGAAUACCAGUGAGUCCCCAGCAGCAUCCAGGCUGGAAGCAAGCUGUCAGCGGAUUUUCACGGCUCCUGUCGGUGGCCCCAGCCCCUCUGUGUCUGUCUCUGCCACCUCCCCCCUCCCAGUGGCCUCCUGCUUCUCCCUGGAGGUCAGAGAGGGCUCCCAAAUUAAGGGGGCGCGACAGGAUAGGUGUCUGAAUGGGGUAUCCGUCCACCUCUUCCCUCCUCCCUCUCCUCCUCCUUCCAUCCCCUGGCGCCUAUAAUCACCAGGCGGUCUGAGGCUAAGUGGUAGUUUGGCCCACAGUGGGGGGGCUUGCCAGCCACACCCCUCCUCCUGGGGCCCUCCUGACCAGUCCCAGCACCCUGGUCUCCUCCACUGGUGAGAUGGGUCUCAAGGGGGCAUGGUGUUUCCCAUGGUGUGGGUGCCGGAGGCAGCGGAGGACUGGAAGAGGAGCAGGCCUGGAUCCGGCUGCCCCUCCAGACCCAAACCCCAGCCAGGCUGAAGCCCCCACCGUGGCUGAGGGAGGGAUACCCUCCCUAGGGUCUGGCGCCUACUUCAGCAGGAAGGCCCGACUCUCCUUCCGCCACCAGCUGCACGACCCGGCGACGGCCAAUGACUCCACCAUUUGAUGGGGACGACCGGGGGCUGAACUUUGCAACCUUCCCUCCCCAGACUUCUGGGUGAUCCCUGUUUGGCCCCACAGCCCCCACGACCUUGUCAUUAAAUAUACUCAGAGCUGCCAGG